AUGUGGGUUUUCGGGAGGACAGGUGAAUCCCCUGUUACGACCGGAAUCAAUGGCACUGGCCUCACUGCCAUCGUUACAGGAGCAUCAUGUGGCCUUGGGCUGAAGACGACCCGAGUUCUUGCCCUGCGAGGUGUUCAAGUCGUGAUGGCUGUAAGGAAUGUCGACGCUGGUUAUGAAGCUAGACGUUCAAUAAGCCAUGUAGGCAGGACUACUGAGCUUGACGUCAUGAAGUUAGAUCUCAGCUCGUUGGCAUCGGUUCGAAAAUUUUCCUCUGAAUACGUCUCCACCGGCCUUCCACUGAUCAUUCUCAUCUACAAUGCAGGCAUUAUGGCAUGUCCUUUCUCAAUUUCUGAAGACAAUGUUGAGCUCCAAUUUACCAUAAACCAUUUGGGCCAUUUCCUACUGACUAACUUGUUGCUAGGGACUAUGAAAAAGACGACACAUGCAAGCAAUAAGGAGGGAAGGAUUGUCAUCCUAGGAUCACUUGCUCAUAUCUUCAUGUACAACGGAGGAAUUCAAUUUGACAAAAUUAACGAUGAAUCUGAAUACUUUGGGAUGCGUGCUUAUGGACAGUCGAAGCUUGCAAAUAUACUGCAAGCGAAGGAGCUAGCAAGGCGUCUCAAGGAAGAUGGCGUGAAUGUCACUGUUUAUUCACUUCAACCUGGAUCUAUUGUUACCAACCUUGUGCGACAUCAGUGUAGUGAACGAGGGCUUGCAAACGUGUUUGUUAAAUUUGCACUGAAGAAUGCUGAACAGGGAGCUGCUACAAGCUGUUUUCUGGAGCUGCACCCUCAAGUAAGGUGUUACUGGUAA